AUGGUUGACUUGGAGAGCGAGGUGCCACCUCUGCCCCCAAGAUACAGGUUUCGGGAUUUGCUGCUAGGGGACCAAGGGUGGCAGAACGACGACAGGGUACAAGUUGAAUUCUACAUGAAUGAAAAUACAUUUAAAGAGAGAUUAAAACUAUUUUUCAUCAAAAAUCAGCGAUCAAGUCUAAGAAUACGCUUGUUCAAUUUUUCCCUCAAGGUAUUAAGCUGCUUAUUAUACAUAAUUCGAGUACUCCUGGAUCCUCCACCGCAAGGAAAUAAAUGGUAUCAUAUCUUUUGGGUGACAAGAUGUCUACCAUUAUGGGGCUUACAGGUUUCAGUGGCCUUGAUAAGUCUCUUUGAAACAGUGUUACUUGGUUACUUGAGCUAUAAGGGAAAUAUCUGGGAGCAGAUCUUACGCAUACCCUUCAUCUUGGAAAUAAUUAAUGCUGUCCCCUUCAUCAUCUCAAUAUUCUGGCCUUCCUUAAGAAAUCUAUUCAUCCCUGUAUUUCUAAAUUGUUGGCUUGCUAAACAUGCUUUGGAAAAUAUGAUUAAUGAUCUUCAUAGAGCCAUUCAGCGGACACAAUCAGCAAUGUUUAAUCAAGUUUUGAUUUUAAUAUCCACAUUACUUUGUCUUAUCUUCACCUGUAUUUGUGGAAUUCAGCAUCUUGAGCGAGCAGGGAAGAAACUGACUCUCUUUGACUCCCUUUAUUUCUGCAUUGUGACCUUCUCUACUGUGGGCUUUGGGGAUGUCACACCUGAGACAGCGCUCUCCAAGCUUUUUGUUGUCAUUAUGAUCUGUGUUGCUCUUGUAGUAUUACCCAUACAGUUUGAACAACUGGCCUUUUUGUGGAUGGAGAGGCAGAAGUCUGGUGGAAACUACAGUCGUCACCGAGCUCAAACAGAGAAGCAUGUUGUCCUAUGUGUUAGUUCCUUGAAGAUUGAUUUACUUAUGGAUUUUUUAAAUGAAUUUUAUGCUCAUCCAAGAUUACAGGAUUAUUAUGUGGUGAUUUUAUGUCCAACUGAAAUAGAUGCUCAGGUUCGAAGAGUCCUUCAGAUUCCAAUGUGGUCUCAAAGGGUCAUCUACUUACAAGGUUCAGCUUUGAAAGAUCAAGAUCUGUUGAGAGCAAAGAUGGAUGAUGCUGAGGCCUGUUUCAUCCUAAGUAGUCGGUGUGAAGUCGACCGUACAUCAUCUCUGGAGAACAAUCAUGUUGUCUGUGAAGAAGAGUUUAAGUAUGCCAUGUUAGCUUUAAACUGCAUAUGCCCAGCAACUUCUACACUUAUCACACUGUUGGUUCAUACCUCUAGAGGACAAGAGGGCCAGCAGUCACCUGAACAGUGGCAGAAGAUGUAUGGAAGAUGCUCUGGUAAUGAAGUGUACCACAUUGUCAUGGAAGAAAGUACAUUUUUUGCUGAAUAUGAGGGAAAGAGUUUCACAUAUGCCUCUUUCCAUGCACACAAAAAGUUUGGUGUCUGUUUGAUUGGUGUUAGGAGAGAAGAUAAUAAAAACAUUUUGCUAAAUCCAGGUCCACGUUACAUUAUGAAUGCUACUGACACAUGCUUUUACAUUAAUAUCACCAAAGAAGAAAAUUCAGCAUUUAAGAAUCAAGACCAGCUAAGACGAAAUAAUGCAUCGAGGUCAUUUUAUCAUGGACCUUCUAGAUUACCAGUACAUAGUAUAAUUGCCAGUAUGGGCACCGUGGCUAUUGACUUGCAAGAUACAAGCUGUAGAUCUGCUAGUGGCCCUAAUUUGGCUCUUCCUCCAGAGGGGAGCAAAGAAACCAGAAGACCUAGUAUAGCUCCUGUUUUAGAAGUUGCAGAUACAUCUUCAAUUCAAACAUGUGACCUUCUAAGUGAUCAAUCUGAAGAUGAAACAACACCUGAUGAGGACAUUUCUACCAAUUUAGAAUAUGCUAAAGGCUACCCUCCUUACUCUCCAUAUAUAGGAAGUUCUCCUACUUUUUGUCAUCUUCUUCAUGAAAAAAUUCCAGUUUGUUGUUUAAGACUAGACAAGAGUUGCCAACAUAACUAUUACGAAGAUGCAAAAGCUUAUGGAUUCAAAAAUAAACUAAUUAUUGUUGCAGCUGAAACUGCUGGAAAUGGAUUAUAUAACUUUAUUGUUCCUCUCAGGGCGUAUUAUAGACCAAAGAAAGAACUUAAUCCCAUAGUCUUGCUUUUGGAUAAUCCGCCAGAUAUGCAUUUUCUGGAUGCCAUCUGUUGGUUUCCAAUGGUUUACUACAUGGUGGGCUCUAUUGACAACUUAGAUGACUUGCUCAGGUGUGGAGUGACCUUUGCUGCCAACAUGGUGGUUGUGGAUAAAGAGAGUACUAUGAGUGCUGAGGAAGACUACAUGGCUGAUGCCAAAACUAUUGUUAAUGUGCAAACUCUCUUUAGAUUGUUCUCCAGUCUCAGUAUUAUCACAGAACUCACUCACCCAGCCAAUAUGAGAUUUAUGCAAUUCCGGGCCAAAGACUGUUACUCUCUUGCUCUUUCCAAACUGGAAAAGAAAGAACGUGAGAGAGGUUCUAAUUUGGCCUUUAUGUUUCGACUGCCUUUUGCUGCUGGGAGAGUUUUCAGCAUCAGUAUGUUGGACACACUUUUGUAUCAAUCGUUUGUGAAGGAUUAUAUGAUUUCUAUCACUAGACUUCUAUUGGGAUUGGAUACCACACCUGGAUCAGGAUUUCUUUGUUCCAUGAAAAUCACGGAGGAUGAUCUAUGGAUCAGAACAUAUGCCAGACUUUACCAGAAGCUAUGUUCUUCUACAGGUGAUAUUCCCAUUGGAAUAUACAGGACUGAAUCACAAAAACUUCGAACAUCUGAGUCACAAAUAUCAAUCAGUGUAGAAGACUGGGAAGAUACCAAAGAACAAAGUCACCACCGCAACAACCAUCGCAAUUCAACAUCUAGUGACCAAUCAGACCAUCCAUUGCUUAGGCGAAAGAGUAUGCAGUGGGCACGUAGGCUGAGCAGAAAAGUUCCAAAGCACUCUGGUAAAAUGGCUGAAAAAAUAAGCCAACAGCGACUGAACCUGUAUAGGAGAUCAGAAAGACAGGAGCUUGCUGAACUUGUGAAAAACAGAAUGAAGCACCUGGGUCUCACCACAGUAGGAUACGAUGAAAUGAAUGAUCCUCAAGGCACCCUUUCAUACAUCCUGAUCAAUCCUUCUCCUGAUACAAGACUGGAGGUUAACGAUGUUGUAUAUUUAAUUCGACCAGAUCCCUUGGCAUACCUUCCAAAUAAUGCACCUAGCCGAAAAAAUAGCAUCUGUAAUACCACUGGACCUGACACCCGAGAAGAAACACAGCUUUGAUACAACUUGAUAAUAAUAAUAAUAAACAACUAUUUUUCUACAGAACACCUUGAUUCCAUCAAUACAACUUCUACAGAAA